AUGGCGGAAAGAAGGCGUAUGGCCACACAUAUACCUGAUGAUGAGCAAAUAAAAAAAGAAAAUAUUCGCUGUCUAACUACACUUGGCCAUUUUGGGUUUGAAUGUUUGCCCUAUCAGUUGGUGAAUAGAGCUCUCCAACAAGGAUUUUCUUUUAAUAUCCUCUGUAUAGGGGAAACUGGAAUCGGAAAAUCAACACUCAUUGACACCUUGUUUAACACAAACUUGAAAGAUAAGAAGGCCUCACAUUUUUACUCGCAUGUUGGACUUAAAAUCCAGACGUACGAACUUCAGGAACGCAAUGUUCAUUUGAAAUUGACUGUUGUGAAAACAGUGGGGUAUGGUGAUCAAUUAAACAAAGAAGGCAGCUACAAACCAAUCAUUGAGUACAUUGAUGCUCAAUUUGAGGCCUACCUUCAAGAAGAGCUGAAGAUUAAACGUUCCUUUUUUGAGUACCACGAUUCUCGAGUCCAUGUGUGCCUUUACUUCAUUUCACCGACCGGACAUUCUCUGAAGUCCCUGGAUCUGUUAACAAUGAAGAACAUUGACAGUAGGGGACUGUUACCCUUUGCUGUGGUAGGGAGUAUGGAUGAGGUGAAAGUUGGAAAAAGAGUGGUGAGAGGCCGUCACUACCCUUGGGGAGUUCUGCAAGUGGAAAAUGAAAAUCACUGUGACUUUGUUAAGCUCCGGGAUAUGCUUCUUUGCACCAAUAUGGAAAACCUGAAAGAGCAAACCCACAUUCAGCACUAUGAAUGUUAUAGGUGUUGCAAACUGCAGAAAAUGGGCUUUAAAGAUGUGGGCCCAGACAACCAGCCAGUUAGUUUUCAAGAAAUCUAUGAAGCCAAAAGACAGGAGUUCCUUGAACAAUGUCAGAAGGAAGAAGAAGAGUUGAAACAGAGAUUUAUGCAGCUAGUAAAAGAGAAAGAAACAACAUUUAAGGAAGCUGAAAAAGAGCUCCAGGACAAGUUUGAACACCUUAAAAAGGUCCAACAAGAGGAGAUCACGAAGCUCGAGGAAGAGAAGAAACAACUGGAAGAAGAACUAAUAGAUUUCCAGAGAAUGAAGGCUUCCUCUGAAACGCUGGCGACUCCGGUGUUAGUCAGUGUGAAGAAAGACAAAGAUCGUAAGAAAUAG